CCCGGGAAGCGCGCGGCUGUUCCGCCCCACAGACGGACGGAUUGACGGACGGACGCUGCUGUGUGCGCUCUCUGCCUUCUCUCUCUCUCUCUCUCGAUCUCUGUGCGCGUGCGCUUGUGUCACCCCCCCUCCCAGUCCCUUCCUGUCCAGAUUGGGUGUCGAGGUGGAGGUGUGUAGCGCCGGAUUCAGCAGCAUGUAGCACCUGGAGCGCCGCGCACAUCGCCUCCCUGCCGCGCUGCUCCUCCGCCUGGUCGCGCUCCCGGAGCGGUCCUCUCUACGCUCGGGGAAAAAAGCAUCGCCUGCUCGAGGAUUUUUCGUUGGGGGCUGUGGGUGGUGGGUGGGGGGAUUUAUUAUUUAUUUUAGAGGAGUGUUUGUGUGUGUUCAUCCCCGCCGCUCUGCACCUCUCGGUCGAUGGUCGUUGAGGAAGCUUCCAUCUUGAGUCCCGUGUCUACCGAGAGAACCAUGGCGAGCGAUUCCCCUGCGCGGAGUCUGGACGAGAUAGAUCUGUCUGCACUACGGGACCCAGCUGGUAUCUUUGAGCUGGUUGAACUGGUUGGAAAUGGCACCUAUGGGCAGGUCUACAAGGGUCCCAUGUUAAACAGGCCAGCUUGCUGCCAUCAAGGUCAUGGACGUCACAGGAGAUGAGGAGGAGGAGAUUAAAGCAGAGAUUAACAUGUUGAAGAAGUACAGCCACCACAGGAACAUCGCCACCUACUAUGGAGCCUUCGUCAAGAAAAACCCUCCCGGGGUAGAUGAUCAGCUGUGGCUGGUGAUGGAGUUCUGCGGCGCCGGUUCGAUCACGGAUCUGAUCAAAAACACCAAAGGGAACACGCUGAAGGAGGAGUGGAUCGCCUACGUCUGCAGAGAGAUCCUCAGGGGUCUGACCCACCUCCACCAGCACAAGGUCAUCCACAGAGACAUCAAGGGCCAGAAUGUGCUGCUGACGGAGAACGCAGAGGUUAAACUGGUGGACUUUGGUGUGAGCGCUCAGCUGGAUCGCACGGUGGGGCGGAGGAACACGUUCAUCGGGACGCCGUACUGGAUGGCCCC